UCUGCUCCUCCCCCACCCACGUCCAUCGUCAUUGUUUUGCUGUUUUUUCGUACAUUGUAUUAUUUUUCUUGUCUUUUUCCCUUGAAAAUGAGCUCCUGGCGAGAGAGCCUGACCAGCAUUCCGGGCACGGUGGCGCAGCUGAUCAACGAUAGUGCCAGCAGCCUGCUGCACACCUCAUCGUCGCUGGGCUCAACAGUUGGGCCCCUGGGCUCCACUGGUUCCGGAUCGGAAGGAGACUCCGAGGAGGGCGGACCGCAGGUCGAGUAUCGGGCACUGCCCAUACCGGCCUCCCUGGUGCGCGAGCAGUGGCGCCUGAUCUUCACCAGCGAUGCGAACAUCCAGGACCUGCAGGCGGCCAUUGCCCAUUGCAGGGAUCUCGUCUUGCUGAGUGACGAACUGAGCGAUGAGCGACGUUGGUUGGUUCGCCACCUGGUGGACCUGCGAUACUCUCUGCAGGAACUGGAGGAGGCCCAGGAGCAGCAGUCGCUGGCCCCGGACAUGGUUGUAAUGAACGCCAUCCGGGCAGUGGUUGGCCAUCACUUUGUGCCCCACCAUCCGCACCACGGCAAGCGAAGUCGCCUGCAGGCGGCGGCCAGGCGCCACUACUGUGACCACUGCACUGCCAUCAUCUGGAGCGUGGUCCAGGCAUCCUACGUGUGCAGCGACUGCGGCUUCCUGGUCCAUCAGAAGUGCAUCGAUGGCGUGAAGAGGGUGUGCGCCCACGUACAGGUCUCCGAGCGCCAGCAUCCCGUCGCAGAGAUCUGUCCGGAGGUGGGGCUGGCUGCCCAGGGUUACAAGUGCGCCGAAUGCGAAACGCUGCUUAAUCUGAAAAACACUUGGGUGGAACCUCGGUUGUGCGACUAUAGCGGCCUGUACUACUGCCCUCGUUGCAACUGGAACGACAGCAACUUUAUACCAGCCCGCAUUAUCCACAACUGGGACUUCUCCCCGCGCCGUGUUUCGCGGGCGGCGCUCCAGGAGAUCAGGCUGUUCAUGAACAAACCCCUCAUCCGCCUGGAAGAGGACAAUCCCAAGCUCUUUGUGUUCGUGGAGAAGCUGUGUGCGGUAAAGAAACUGCGCCAGAAUCUGGUGCACAUGCGCCACUACCUGGCCGCCUGUCGGAUUGCCAGCGAGCUGAAGCUGGUGGACCAGCAGCUGGGCUGCAGACGUCACCUGGCCCAGUCGAAUGAGUUCUACUCCCUGAAGGAUCUCACGCAGGUGGAAUCGGGUGCCCUCGCCGAAUUUCUGCAGAGCGUGUUCAAAGCCUUCGACGAGCACAUCAGAUGCUGCCCAAUGUGCCUGGCCCAGGCGUACAUCUGCGAGAUCUGCAGCAACAACGAGGUGAUCUUCCCCUUCGACGAUGGAUGCAUCAAGUGCGAGCAAUGCAACUCCAUUUACCACCGUGUCUGCCUGACGCGAAAGAACAUGAUUUGCCCCAAAUGCAUCCGCAUCCAGGAGCGACGCCUCCAACUGGAUCGCAUGAGGAGCACGGAGGAUGACGAGGUGGCCACCGAUGAUGAAGUGGCUGUCGCGGAGUAACUGAUUUAAUCAGACUUCACUCGUAUCUGUGCUGGAUUUUAAUGUUAUCAUAUGUACAUAAGAUUUAACUACAAAAUGUAUCUUACUAUUACUAUUAUAUUAA